AUGCGUGGUCUCGCCCUGUCCCUGUCCCUGCUCGCCGCCAGCUCAACGGCCGCCGCGGCUACGUGCGCAAAGGGCCUCUACAUGGUCGUCGCCCGAGGCAGCGAAGAGCCCGCGGGAACCGGUGUGACGGGCAACCUCACGAGCCAGAUUGCCGCAAAGGUGCCCAACAGCCAGGUCGUGGCCGUCGACUACCCGGCCACGCUCAGCGACUACGAGGAUUCCGAAGGCGACGGCGUCAAGGCGAUGCAGCUGCUCAUCAACAACUACGGCCAGGCCUGCCCGGGCAACAAGAUUGCGAUUCUGGGCUACUCUCAGGGCGCGCAAGUCUCGUCUGACUCCGUCUGCGGCGGCGCCGGCGAGCCCUUCAUUGACGACAAGGCCCUUUCGGACGAUGUCAUGAACAGCGUCGUUGCCAUUGCCAUUUUCGGAGACCCAACCCAUGUCGCCAAUCUGACAUACGACAGAGGCACCAGCGUCAAGGACGGCCUCUUCAACCGAAGCUCAGCCAGCGUCGACCAGUGCAAGAAGUACGCCAGCCGCAUCAUCUCGUACUGCGACAAGGGCGACAUCUACUGCGACGCCGGCACCAACACGACCGUCCACCACUUGUACAUCGACCGUUACGGCGACGAGAUUGUCGACUUUGUCGUCAGCCAGUUCGAGAAGAGCAGCGGCUCCGGCUCCGGUUCCAACGCAACCACCACGGCUCCCUUUCCCACCGUUACGCCCACCAGCGGCGGCAGCGGCAGCAACGGCACUGCCCCGACUAGAACUGGUGCUCCUACUAUCAGCCCGACCAAGGGAUCUGGUGCCAAUAUGUUGACGAGCAGCUUGAUGCUGGGAGGUCUGUUGACGGUUCUGACGGCCGUGUCUCAGAUGCUGUAA